GAGUGGAACAAGUUACCAAACAUCAUCAUUAACUCUAAUAUGCUGGAUAGCUUCAAACAUAGGUUGGAUGGAUAUAUGAGCGACAGGGGUUGAGUGUAAACGGGACUUCCCAAUAUGGGCCAAUAGGCCUGCUACAGUUUCCUCCAUUCUUACGUUCUUAUUAGAUAGCAAUACAACAGUGAAACACAUUACAACUUCAGUGAGUUCCCUUAGCAUAGAUAAUGCAGGUCAUGUCUGCAGGUCAUGUCUGCAGAGCAGCUCUUCUGACUGCUAGUGUCUUCACAAACUUCUUUGUUCAAAUUAAUUAUUGUUAAGUUCUUGGGUGAAAUAUUAAAAAAAUACCCAAUCAUUAUUAUGUUUAUUGUAAAAAUUACCUAAAGUAUAUAAACACAAAUAAACCAGAGACAAUUGUGUGGUGGGAAGCAGUGGUGUUUGCAAGCAUGGGAGAAUGGCAUUGCCAAAAUUUCCUCAUCUCUUAUUGACAGUGCAGGAACAGUAGACCAAACCAAACAUUACCAAAACCUAACAUAAUGAAGAAAACCUGAGUAAAAUUAGGAACUGUACAGUAUACUGUAAAAAUAUCUUAAAUACAGAAGGUGGGAAGCUGUGGUGUAAAUAGAAACAUUUUUCAAUCAUAUUUGAGGUAUUCUCAUAAAGGGACCUUGACAUUGUACAGUAUGUCAUUGUAUUUUAAUGGUAAGUAUCUUACCAUCAAUCUUAUAUAUUAUCAGCCUAUUGUUUUCUAAUUUGUUAAUAGUGUUUAUAUAAUUAAUUACAGUAUUGUUAAGGGUUUUCCAUUUUAAUGAAACCAUAUGAAAUUAUGAAUAAUUAGUUUCUUUAGUAUUUUUGAGUGUUAAUUAAAGAUAAUGCGGUUAUCCAAAGACAAGUGCAAGAUGAAGUUGUUAUCCAAAUUAAAAAUGAGUGAAACUUUGUUGAAUAAACUUCAUGAACUUAUCAAGCACAUGUUGUAAUGAAAGUACUAAUAACCUUUUCAAUCUUUAUUACCCAUUCGCUAGGUUACCAGAUCCAGUCAUUUUAAUUUUAGACAACUUCACCAUGCAGCUGUCUUUAUAUAAUGGUGCUGCUAAUUAACCCUCAAACUUGCAAAAAAUUUAAUUAAUGAUUAUUCAUUAUGGUUCCACUUAAAUGGAACAUAAUGUAGAAUGCUUUAUUCUUGUUUCUUAUUAAAAUUUAUAAAGAUUGAUUUACGUGGUAGUUCACCUCAAACCACAGAACCUCCUUAUUUGUCUCCUAUUUAUUUAUUGGUUCAUAUUUAUUAAGGUUCAGUUUCCAUGAACAUCCAGCAAGGUAUAGAAACAGAAUACAUUUUAAAAUUUCCAUAUUUUUUAAAUGUUAAAAUCUGAGAUACCCAAAGACUUUUGAAAACCUGAGACAGACAAGACUACCUAAGAUCUUGGUCUCCUCAAACACCCAAGACUAUAACCUCUUGGUCCCUUGAAACACCCAAGAACAUAACCUCUUGGUCACCUGAUUUACCCAAGACUAUAAACUCUUGGUCUCCUCAAACACCCUUCUUGGUUACCUGAAACACCACGAUCCUUGCCCAGCUGCUUAAUUUCAGCUAAUAUGAAUGUGUUAUCAAUACCUGUUUAUCUGUGAGAGAUAAGUAUUCAUUUGGGUGGUCCAGCUGGUUGCUAUGAGUUACGAUCUACCGUAGUACAGUAUCAGAUAAGCAAGGCAUCAGGAGCCGCCAGUACCACUCUCUCUAUAGAGUGCUUCUCUCUCCAUGUAGUGCCACUAUCUACGUUUAGUGUCACAAUUUAGUGUCAUUCAUCUUACUCCCCACACUUCUGAAAAUAAAAACAAUAGUGAUGUUACGGAUUCUGACGGGGCUGUCUGUGUGUAUGCUGGCGUUUAUCGUGAUCAUCUGCAUCUUACUACAAAGUAAACCACGCCUCAGGCCCAUCCAACUAUCUUAUAAGUUCAUCAAGGUGAGAGAAGACAUCAAUUUGACUGGGCCGACCAUCAAUCCCAUCCCUGAUGAGGUGAAUUGGCUGGAAGAUCUAAUGGAGGAGGUGGACCCUGUGUGUAAUGGUAGCAACCCCUUCGUCCUGGCUAUUGUGCCCUCUGCCGUCCACCACUUCAAAGAGAGAGAAGGCAUCAGGAACACCUGGGCCCAUCCUGGCCUUUAUCCUUACACCAAGAUGCGGGCCAUCUUCGUCCUGGGGGCCACCGACAACUUUACACUACAGGAUGAAGUCAACUUAGAGAUGGACGCUCACCAUGAUAUAAUCCAGAACGAUUUUUUAGACACUUACAGGAAUUUGACCUAUAAGACCAUCUCGAUGUUGUCAUGGGUGAAGAACUGGUGCCUCGACACUCCCUUCAUCGCUAAGAUUGAUGACGAUGUAGUUGUCAAUCCCUUACAUCUAGUCGCUUACUUACAGACGCAUGUAACUAAGAACAAAUCACUCAGCGCUAUUCAUGGACAUUUGAGGUCCAAUUCACCGGCUCUCAGGAACGGCAAGUGGGCUGUUAGUAAGGAGGAGUUCCCUCCCUCGCGCUUCCCACCCUUCAUGUUGGGUCCUGCCUACAUCAUAGGUCGCAAUUCUAUAGAUCGCCUCCUUGUCUACUCCUCCUACGUUCCUUUCCUGUGGCUGGAGGAUGUGUUCCUUACUGGCCUCGUCGCCCAUGCAGCAGGUGUUGAGCACAUCCAGGUUGAGAAGAUCCUCUACACCAAGAAAUUAUCAAGACAGUUGUAUAAAGGGAAGGUGGCCUUCUACCCCGGCGCCAGCGAGAAGAACAAGAAGAAUGCCUGGGCGGGGAUCAUCAAGUACUCCAGAAUAACCAAACUUCUGAAGAAGAAAAAGUGAUAGUCUUAGUUAACAAGGGAAUAUAAAGUGACUUUCUCCAUUUUCUGCACUGUACUGCGUAUAUUGUAUCGUCUGUGUCCCUGUUCUUGUAGACAUUUUCUUCCAUGUUGAAGGCUAAAUUUCAUAAAAAGUAAUCCCAGAUAGCUGUGUUUAGGUCCUCAUCCUUCGUUACCCACAGUUGGAAAAUCUUCAUAAUGAGUCUAAAGUGAAUUCUGGCAAAGUGAAUUAUGAAUGUUAAAUAAGGUAUCCUUGGACUGAGAGAACAUAAUGUGCCAAUGCAAUAACUUGCUACAGGACACAAGUUGAUUCAAGAUUCUUAUCAUGCAGUUGUGGAGGGAGCCACAUUGUUUUAGAAGAUUGUUUGUCAUGCAAAAGGUAUUUGUGUUUAAGCUGUACUGUAGUAAUCUUAAUUUUCUUAAGAGCUACUAAAUACUGUUCAUACUUAAUGGUGACAAUAGUUUGCUUUGCCUGUUUAGAUCUGCUGCCCGUCAAUGCCUGGGUCAUUCCAGCUGCAGCAAACUUGAUCUUUGUAGUGUUGUUUCCUUCCUUGUAUCUCAUUUAUUUGUUAUCAUUGCACCACUUCUCAGUUUACUCUCCAUUCGGGCCAUUCGUCUGUUUUUUGUUAUGAAUUUUAUUAUUCCAAUGCCCAAUGUUAAUACAAGAGAUAAUCGGAGUACCCAUAGAAAAACUGCAAUGUUUGGUAGGGUCACACCGGAUAACACCAUUUUUACAUCUAUCCUGGGCAGGGGAUUAAUCCAGGACAAGUGGUGACAGAUACUCUCAUUACUGUUGUACAGUACAGCGCUCAAGGAAUAUAGAUUGUUGGAUAUUUUUGGUUGGACCCUUUGUGGUUUAGCUGGAGGGUUUUAAGGCCAUGGCUUUAAUAUUUGUUUAUACAAUGACUUCAUAUACUGUAUGAAUACAGACUACGAUAAAGAUUUACUGCAUGAAUCUCAGAAGGUCGAGGAGCAUUAGAGUUCUCCUGAUGUGUUGUAGUGUUGGUGGGUGUCUGCCGGAGAUACAGGCUGGAAAUGAUGUUUGUACAGUUGAUUUGUUUUCAGUUUUGUACGAGUACAGUACUUGUAACUGGUAGCCCACCUCGGAAAUUUGAAAUUAUGACAGGUGACUUUUCGCCACAAAUAUAUAGAAAAACUAAUUAAUCGAUAUCAAAAUACAGUAUACAGAACAUGGUGGUUCCAAAAAAAGUCACACCUCUGUUAUGUUCAUAGUGAAGCAACACAGUGAUUGAACACUUGCCAGAAGAGAUUCUUAUAUUAGGUUACCUCCGGAGUGGGGUUUUACAUGUAGCUUACAUGCUUCACAAAAUGUCAAUGCCAUUUUGACAAAUUUUGACUAUCACCACCAUCACUAGGAAAACAAAAUUACUGUACCUUAUUUUUUACUUUAGCCAUGAUUUUGACUUGGAAAACUGUCACAGGAAAUAAAAAUUUUUCUUCUGUUUUUUAAAAAGCCUAAAUAAAGUUAGUUUACGUAAGAUUAGGUUUUGUCCUUUUUGUGACUUAUUUUUUACCUACAAAUGAAUCAAUGAUACGAUACAAUCGAACCAACCAGUCACAUAUUUCAUCUGCAAGAGACAGUAUCCAAUAUGAUGGUUGAUAAUCUGGACUAUCACACUGGCCACAUAUCCACUUUCCUUGGGAGAAAACAUUGAUACCUGUACCACCAUUCUCAGUAAGAUUUUCCAACUGAAAACUGAAAUGUGAGUGAAACAGAAAGCACGGUCAUGUAGUGUGAGGCUGUAUCAGGGGCAAGUUUUGACUCCUUUUUUGAUCCAAUUGAGGUUUUAUUAUACAGUACCUUCAUAGCUGGUGUCCAGGAGGCAAGGUUUACACCCAGUAUAGAUCUGUAUAGAUACCCCUUUUCUUUAUUUAUCUUUUAAAUAGGUUCCUGUAUACUGUAGUAAUGUACGAGUAAUUGCAUCAGUUUAUGGACUCAUUGGGUCAAAUUAAGGCAUACUGUAUUUGUGAUAUGUCAGUGAUCAGGUCUUGGUGAUCUUUACCCAGCACCAGUAUCAAAUUUAAAUAUAGAAAUAGAAUUGUCUGUUUGUUUACAAUGACAAAUCAAAAUAUUAUUUUUCAAUACUAUUUUUCAAUACUAUUACUAUUAACCCUUUAAGGAAUAGUGUCACACUUCGGUAUUUUACUUUGGCUAAUGCCAGACAAAUUUAUUCAACUAAGAGAAGCCUCUACCACUCAGUGGAUUAACUGUAUAAAUAAAAUGUUAAGUACUUUAACACUGAAGAGUGGUAAAAUCUUACUCUCAAAAAAAAAAAAGAAGAUACAGUGUAUGGCAGAUAUUUUAAUGGUAAGAAGAAGCCUGUACAACAACCAGGCUGAUGAAAAUUUCUUAACCAAAAAAUAAAUAUCCUAGUAUGAAAACUAAGAAAAAUAUUUUUGAUUGUAUAUUUCCAACAAAAUAUUUAUGUUGGUACUGUACUGUAUUGUUAUGAUUAAGAUCAACUGUGAUAAAUUCCUUUAUUUGCCAUGCGAGCAAAUGUAAAGCACGACCCUGAAGCUGAUUUACACAAUGAUUAUAUUUCAUGUCAAUAAAGUAAAUGUAAGUUUCUGUGACCAGUAGCAGUUAAGUUGGUCAACUGCAGAAGUACUGCAUCACUCCCUCAAGACUAACAAAUUUGGCAAAGGUCUAGUAGAUAGCUGCUACUUUACUUUGUGACACAUUUGUGCUAUUUUAUAUAGUGAACAUUUAUAGAGGAGCAUAUAAAAUCUGGAAAACAAUCCCAUAUAGAAAGUCAUUAUGUUGUUACCAUCAUGUAAAUUUAAUCCUUUAUAUUAUUUUUUUUCAAAAUAGAAUAGGGCUAUGUUCCUACUUCUUGCAUUGAUGAACUACAUUUGUUUUUAAGUCUCUUAUUUGAGGGAACAGCAGACCAAUGAAAUGGUUUAGAUACUGUAUAAUGUACUUAACUCUCUCUUGAUAGACAUAAUCAAGAUACCAUCAGUAAUAUAAGACAGCAGAUUAAGAAUGGAAAAACAUAAUAAGCUUAAAGUGAGAAUUGUGAACUGUUGAAACAAUCUGCUGUAGAGUGUUGUGAUGGCACCGAGUGUGAGCUCAUUCAAGGCCAGACUUGACCAACACUGGAGCAGGUUCCAAUUUAUUCAAGAGCCAGUGUAUGCCCAGUAUUUGCCAACAGUGCAUAUAAGAGACAUGACUGACUGCCCAAGCAGCUCACGAACCAAUCAGUGGCGAAGAGGAUAAGGGUAAAAAAAAAUAAAAAAAUAAAAAAAUAUUCAGUAUAAUUUUUAAUACAAGCACAAAAUAAUAUUACUGUAAUUAAUGGCUUAGAAAAUUCAGGUAUAGUAGCUGAAUUUAUUAGAACAACAAGAAAAGUAAGAGAUUACAUAUUUGUCUAAUUUUUUGUGUAGUGUAGCUAUAAUAUUUAUAAUAUGUGGUGUUGUUGUUAAGAUAAAUAAUUCUAAUACCCAACUGUAUAGUCCUGUAUUUAUUUAUAAUUUUAGUCAGUAUUAUUUUGUAUUUAUACAGUACAGUAUUCUAUUCUAGUUUAUAUUAUAAUGGUACUGUACUGUACUGUAUUAUCUGCUAGGACUAUUGAAACCAUAUACAGUAGUCUUAAAUUGUGUUAAUUAAGGAACUUCAUAUACAUUUCAAAGAUUUAUUAUUACCCUCCCCCCCCCAUUUUUUUUAUUAUUUUUUUUUAAAUAUCAGGAAAUAUCAUGUGUGUGCAGGUAUGGAAAUUUUUUAAGGCUUUGUAAAUGCAGAUACAGGUACUGUACUGUACUGUACUGUACUGUAUAUAUUAAAAAUUUCCUUCAUAGAAAUUUAAGAACUUCUCUAAGUUAUGGAAUGAUAACUGUAUACUGUUUUUUCUAUACUAUAUGGUGUCUCAUUACUCAUAAACUAAAAUGUGCCACCAAUCAUGUAUUUAGAAAAUGUCUGUACAGGUAUUUUCAUUAAAUAAUCCUCUUUUCAACAUAGGAGAAAAGGAAACUAAAUACUCGUACUCUGUAAGUACAGUAAUGUUAUACUGUAUAAACAAUAAACUACUGGACUGUA